CGUCCAGAGCCACCUUAAAAGCAGGAGGCAGUUGUGAAGUCGCUGGCCAGCAAGUGGAGUGGAGACUGCAGAGGGAGAAAAAGAGGGCAGAGAGAGACGCAGCAAGUAAUUUGUCCUGGGACCCAGAAAUCCAUGGAACCCUACUGAAAACCAAAUCCUCUGGGAGCCAGCAGAGUACACAAGAGACAGCAAGAGAAAAAGAGAUAAAUACACUCAACACAAGGAUUCUCCUCUCUCUCUCUCUCUCUCUCUCUCUCUCUCUCUCUCUCUCUCUCUCUCUCUCUCUCUGUCUGCCCUAGUCCUCUAGUCCCCAAACUCCCAGUUCCCUGUGCCCCUUCCUGGGAUACCAUGUUGUUCUUCGCCCUCCUGCUAGAGGUGACUUGGAUCCUGGCUGCAGAUGGGGGUCAGCACUGGACGUAUGAGGGCCCACAUGGUCAGGACCAUUGGCCAGCCUCCUAUCCUGAAUGUGGAAGCAAUGCCCAGUCCCCCAUCGAUAUCCAGACAGACAGUGUAACAUUUGACCCUGAGUUGCCUGCUCUGCUGCCCCAUGGAUAUGAUCAGCCUGGCACCAAGCCUUUGGACCUGCACAAUAACGGCCACACAGUGCAACUCUCUCUGCCCCCUACCCUGUAUUUGAGCGGACUUCCCAGAAAAUAUGUAGCUGCCCAGCUCCACCUGCACUGGGGUCAGAAAGGAUCCCCAGGGGGGUCAGAGCACCAGAUCAACAGUGAAGCCACAGCUGCAGAGCUCCACAUCGUACAUUAUGACUCAGAUUCCUAUGAUAGUCUGAGUGAAGCUGCUCAGAGGCCUCAGGGCCUGGCUGUCCUGGGCAUCCUAAUUGAGGUGGGUGAGACUAAGAAUCCAGCUUAUGAACACAUUCUGAGUCACUUGCAUGAAAUCAGGCAUGAAGAUCAGAAGACCUCAGUGCCUCCCUUCAACGUGAGAGAGCUGCUCCCACUACAGCUAGGGCAGUUCUUCCGUUACAAUGGCUCACUCACAACUCCCCCCUGCUACCAGAGUGUGCUCUGGACAGUCUUCAAUCAAAGGGCCCAGAUUUCAAUGGGACAGCUGGAAAAGCUUCAGGAGACAUUGUUCUCCACAGAAGAGCCCUCUAAGCUUCUGGUACAGAACUACCGAGCCCCCCAGCCUCUCAAUCAGAGAACAGUCUUUGCUUCUUUCAUCCAAGUGGGAUCCUUGUAUACCACAGGUGAAAUGCUGAGUCUAGGUGUGGGCAUCUUGGUUGGCUGUCUCUGCCUUCUGCUGGCUGUUUAUUUCAUCGCUAGAAAGAUUCGGAAGAAGAGGCUGGGAAACCGGAAGAGUGUGGUUUUCACCUCAGCACGAGUCUCCACUGAGGCAUAGACUCCCUCUUAGAUAUUGUGGAUGCCUUCCCCUCAUGCCUAUCAGGGAGCCUCUAAGAUGGGGUGCAAGGACUGGCUAGAAAAUACCGUAGCAGUAGCAGGCAGACACCCCUUCUCCCUCUGGAUAUCCCCUACAGAGAGGUAUGGACCCACGCUCUUGUUCAAGGGAGCACAGUAGAGCCUUCAGUUUCUCAAAAUAUGCAGGAGGAAAUCAGGAGAUCCCUGUGUUGUUAAUGCAGAGAAUAAAUUGUGUUUAGUUGUAGGGGAUGUUGGGAUGAGCCCCGAAGUCUCCUAUUCCCUUACCUUUAUGUCCCUUUUCCUGGAUAUAUUGCAGGAUUUACCCUUAGGAAAAGGGGGUUAUAUAUUUUUGCUCAAUAUAUUGGAAAUUAAAGUUUCUGACUUUAA